AUGUCUCGCAAUGCCAAGUUUGAUAUUAAGCUUACAUCUAAACGUUGGUAUACCGAUCCAAUGCAAGCAUCUGAUUAUUCUGUAAUUACAGGCACAACUACUGCGGAAUUUGAUACAAAUGAAGAAAUGAAUCUAGUGAUUUCUAUUCAUAAACAUGAUACAUAUCGAGCUAGCAUUCAUACCAAAAACGAGAGGCAUCCAAGACUGACAAAAUCUACGCAACAAGGUGUCCUUCGAGACUUACAUACAAGACGAGACUUAAAUGCAAGGCAAGAUUUAAAUGCAAUGCGAGAUAAAUCGUGA